UACUUGUAAACCGAGUACAAUAUUUUGUGAUUUAUGUCAUUUAAUACAAGUUUUAUUUAUGGACAUCAGUUUAUUUCAAAAGAACAUUGGAGUUAACUUCAUUAUAAACUGUUUUCAUAUAAAUUAUAAUUUGAAAAUGCUAUAAUUUUAAAAUGAAUCUCUCAGCAUGCUAAGUGUGAAAUUUACAUAACAUUCAGACGGAUAGGAUAUACGGAUAUACUGUGUUUGUAGCUUAAAUUUACUUUGAUGUUGUAAAAAACAGACUGUUUGACCGCCUAAAUGACCAGUGCGGCCUCUAAUUACCACGAGUCAACACAGUUUAUCCAUCAGCGCUACGAGGAUACUGCACACAUUAUAUUUCAACAGCAACAGAAAGUCCGUCAAGACGAGAAGCGACGCCAACAACAAUCCAAACCUUUCCAUCAUCCUACCCUAGCAAUACCACCUACCAAUCACCAUCCAGAAUUCAGUCGCUAUGGCAACAGGGCAGUAGUUUCAACGGAAGCCGUGACACCAACAAAACUGGAAGCUGUAAAACCAGUGAAAAGUCCGGAGACAAAGAGAGUUCAACCAGCAGUGAAAUCUAGCGUCUGUAUUCUUGCAUAAGCAAGCAAUUUAUACAGCCUUGAGAAUAAUCAUUGUAAACAACAGGGAUUGGGUGCACUUACAAUAAUCACAUUCUGAAUAUUUAUACUAAAGCUUGUUUGCAAUGUAUUAUCUCAUUGAAAUAUACACGGUAGCAUAGUUGGGCUUACUUCAACUGGUAGAUAGGCAUGAUAGAAAGUUGAGUAACAAUAUAUUGCAAUUGCCUUCUGCUCAAACUCUCUGCAAAACUACAUCUUCUGUCUUUAACCUGAAUUUUGUGCGCUGAUUCCUUCCUAGCAGCUUGCUUACAUUUGCGGAUGAAUAAUUUGCAUGUAAUUUCUGAACGUUUGAAUGACUUUAAACAAUCAACACCAAGCGUAUUCACUAUUUAUGGUUUUUGAGUAUGUGCAUGUGUAGUUUUAUGUUGUGUUCUUAAAUUAUUUUGUUGUGAAGAAAAAAAACACGGAUGAUAUGGAGUUUUUGGAAUUGCUGUGUUAGAGUGAUUUAAGUUAAUUUUGUUGUGGUGUUGAGUUCAGUUUUGUUCCAAAUUAAAGUGACUCUUCAUUUUUUUUGCAUCAUAGAUUUAACUUUUUCGUUUAUUCGUAGUCGGACCGUGUUGAUGGAGCGCAUCAGAAACAGAGGAAUAGUAGACGACAUUCGCAGACUGUGAUUUGUUUAGAAACAACUGUUUGAUGUACAAGUAUUCGUACUGCAUGACAAUUUCAGUUAUGUUGUGGAAAUAACUUGAAUGUGCUAAUCAUUUUUAACUACGUAUAUAGCAAAGUAUUUUAAAUUUAGUGCCAUUAAGCCUAACAGAAUUUAACCAAAUCUAGGAAAUCAUGGAGCUGCACCCUAUGUUAGAGUUGGAAACGAUACCCAAUCCUGGGCUUUGGUAUGUUCUGUCUGGACUCGGGGAAUGUCCAAGUAUGCGAGUCGGUGAGUCCUGCUCCUACAUACCUGGGCAACAUGAAUCAGAUAACGGUCACCUGUAUAUUAUAGGAGGUGCUAAUCCUAGUGGCCCGUUCUGUGAUACUUACGUUCUAGAUCUAAACACAUUCAGGUGGGAUUUUAUUGACUCACCAGGAUUUAGAGCACGUUAUGAACAUGCUUCAUUUACACCAGAAUCUCAACCACGUAAAAUAUACGUGUUUGGAGGGGCCGAUCAGACAGGAAAUAUGAAUGACAUUCAAGUGUUAGAUACUAAUGCCAAUUCCUGGAGUUCUGUGACUACUUCAGGCACCCCGCCCACUGAAAGAACUUACCACACAAAUUCUGCAGUUGUUGGUGACAAAUUUAUUGUAUAUAGUGGUGGACAUUGUGGAGCAGACCCAGUCACAGACAGACAAGUUCAUGCAUUUGAUACAAAAACACAUUCAUGGCAAACACUAAAUGUAAAAGGUGAUUCACCAAAACCCAGACAUGGUCAUGUUGUUGUUGCUAUUGGCAACAAAAUUUAUAUUCAUGGUGGAAUGUCCGGGCCAAACUUUUAUAAUGAUACCCAUGUGUUAAAUUUAGACAAAUUGACUUGGUCUGAUGUUAAACGUAAAAAAAAUUAUCCAUCCGCAAGAGCUGGACACAGUGGUAUUGCCAUAGGAACAAACAUGUACAUAUUUGGUGGGAUGAACAGAGAUGGUGCUCUUGAUGAAACCUGGAAGUUUGAUACACUUACAUCGCAGUGGACAAAAAUAGAGUUACAAGGUCCACCCCCUGGUUGUAGACUGGACUUUGGAAUGUGUUUGAUAAAAUUGAAACGCAGUCUGGUUACCUCUGAUACCACUACAGAUGUUGUCACAGCAACCAAGCAAGCCAAGGAUGUUCUAGAUCGAGAGAUGACCAAACCAGGAAGUGCAUCUUCAAGAAGCAGCUGUCCAGAACUUGGUGCCAAUGAUAGUCCCAAUGGAGCAACAGGUGGACCAGAAUCAAGUUCAGGGACAGAUAACUAUGAUGAUAUAGAUGGUGCCACUGGUGCUACAGCGCCACCUAGUGAGAUUGAGAAAGUGUUCAGUCUAUGUCUGGUGCAUGCUGGGAUGGACACAGAAGGCGAAGUCUUCGAUGAUGUACUUGUUAUCAACUUAGAGACUUGAUCUUGCUGUCAUUGGUUUUAUUUAAUAUAUGAGUUAGAUAUUAGUAGAAUUAUAAACUUUUAAUUUAAAAAAAAUUCAUGUCUUGCUAGAUUUUGACUUAAUCAGAAUUUUGUUACUUUUUAUAAAAUUUGCUUCUGACUGCAGAAUGGUGACUAAUUAUAUUUUAGAUAAAUUCAAAUGUGGUAUCUCGGCAGUUCUAAAGAUAUAAGUAAAUAUUGUACAGAUUUUUUUCAUACACAAACCUCCAUGUGGACACAUAAAAGCCUUUGUGUGUUCACCUUUGAACAUGUUCAAAUAUUUGUGUGGGCACAUGCAAAUAUAAUGUGCAUUCUUGAAUUUGGACACAUUCAAACCUUUGUAUGUUCAGGAUUGGACAUAUGCAAAUGUUUGUGUUCAGGUUUAGACAAAUGUGUGUUUUCAUGGACACAUUCAAACCUUUAAUUGCACACCUAUAAACCUUUGUGUAUUCAAUUUGGACAUAUACAAACCUUUGUGCAGACACAUACAAACCUUUGUGUGUUCCGGUUUGGACGCAUACAAACCAAGGUCUUUCUUACUGAAAUCAAGAAACAGAAUGAGUUGUUUAUAGUCGAGUUAUUGUCUUUUAUUUUUAUAUGAUGGCUCUGAAAAAUGAAAUAGAUCAAGACUCGUGUGUAACAGAAUGAAUGCAUAAACAAGACAGUUUGUGAAGAAUUCAUACUGAGAGAGAGAGAGAGCUUUAUUAUAUAUCACUGCCAAAGACUGUUUGUUAGUUAUCUCAAUGUUAAGUUAUUGUUACACAGUUUUGUUAUAUUUUUCUUGAACUGUCUCAAUGUGAACUGUAAAUGGCUAUGCUUGUGUGGUGCCUUUAUUAUUGUUGAAACAAGCAAUAUUUAGAUUACCUGAGUUUCCUGAAGAUUUCUACGUAUUUGAUGGCAUAAUUGUUUUACAUUUGUAUAAACUGUUUGCUACAAACAUUUAACUUCAUUUCUAGCCAAAUCUGUUAUAGGAAAUUUGUCAUGUUAAUAUUUUGAUGUUUGAUAUUGGAAAUCAGUGUAUAUUAAUUGUGCAGUUGGCUCUGGAUGUAUGAUAAGAGAGGUGUGUUACUAGUAUGUUGUCGUAGGCUGGUAUUGACUUACUCUUUUUUGGUCCCUACCAGUAUUUACUCAUUAAUUAUGAAAUAGAACUGUUGAUAUCAUAACCAUUCUAAAUAUGUCCAAGAAAGGAAGAACUCUUUACACUGUUGACAUACAUAAAUUGGUUUUUGAUAUAUUAUCAAAAAACAUAUGGUAUUUUAAUAUUUUAAGCCAUGAAAUUACGCAAAAAUACAAUUUUCUCAGGAUCCAUACAAAACGUUUAGAUUAUCUAAGUAAGCAUGGAGAAUAAAGUUUGGAAAUUGUCAUUGCCUGAAAAUUUACUCUGCAUCUUUUACUCAAGACCAAUUGAAAUGAUUAGCAGUAUUAUAAAAAAAAAAGUUCUACUACCAUUAAAGGAGGCCUGUAGAAUGAUACAUUAUGUAUAUCAGGACCUUGUAGAAUAAACUUUAAAGAAGAGGUUUUUGAAAAAACAUAUAUGGAUUCAGUUAAUCAGACAAUGGUUUAGCACCUAGGUUAAACUUGUUAUGAUACAUAUAGGUUGUAUAUUGUGAUGCUGUGCCCAUAUUUGUCCUGUUUCAACAUUCUGUAUUUCAUAAUAUUGACUAAUAGAAUUAGGGCUUUUUGAAGGCCUAUUAAGCAAUUUUUAGCUCAUCUGAUUUUUGGGGAAAAAAUGAUGAGUUAUUGUCAUCACUUAAUCGGCGUCGGUGUUGCCUGGUUAAGUUUUAUGUUUAGGUCAGCUUUUCUCCUAAACUAUCAAAGCUAUUGCUUUGAAACUUGCAACACUUGUUCACCAUCAUAAGCUGACCCUGUGCAGCAAGAAACAUAACUCCAUCCUGCUUUUUGCAAGAUUUAUGGCCCCUUUUGUACUUAGAAAAUAUCAGAUUUCUUGGUUAAGUUUUAUGUUUAAUUCAACUUUUCUCCUAAACUAUCAAAGCUAUUGCUUUGAAACUUGCAAUACUUGUUCACCAUCAUAAGCUGACCCUGUACAUCAAGAAACAUAACUCCAUCCUGCUUUUUGCAAUAAUUAUGGCCCCUUUUGGACUUAGAAAAUCAGUUUUCUUGGUUAAGUUUUAUGUUUAGGUCAGCUUUUCUCCUAAACUAUCAAAGCUAUUGCUUUAAAACUUGCAACACUUGUUCACCAUCAUAAGCUGACCCUGUACAGCAAGAAACAUAACUCCGUCCUGCUUUUUGCAAGAUUUAUGGCCCCUUUUGGACUUAGAAAUUAUUAGAUUUCUUGGUAAAGUUUUAUGUUUAGGUCAUAUUUUUCUCUUAAUCUAUCAAAUCUAUUGCUUUGAAACUAGCAACACUUGUUUACCAUCAUAAGCUGACCCUGUACAUCAAGAAACAUAACUCCAUCCUGCUUUUUGCAAUAAUUAUUGCCACUUUUGGACUUAGAAAAUCAGUUGUCUUGGUUGAGUAUUAUGUUUAAGUCAGCUUUUCUCAUAAACUAUCAAAGCUAUUGCUUUAAAACUUGCAACAGUUUUUCACCAUCAUAAGCGGACGCUGUACUUCAAGAAACAUAACUCUAUCCUGCUUUUUGCAAGAAUGAUGGCCCUUCUUAGACUUAGAAAAUCAUGGGUAGGACGAUGUUUCUAUUAUACAAAAAAAAAUCAGAUGAGCGUCGGCACCCGCAAGGCGGUGCUCUUGUUUGUUGCUUCCACUUACUGUUUCAAGUUAAGCCAUUAUUUGAUAUUUUAUAAACCUCACACCAAAAACAGUAUUUUAUAUUGUAUUAAUCAAUUAAAGACCAUUUUUUAAGCGCAGUAUGUUUACCUGUCAAUGUCCCUACGUCUGUCAGCUCAUUGUAACAAAAAGUCCAGUGUAAUGUAGGGAUUUUGCAUAUUGUUUUUCCUUGAGAGGUGCUGCAGAUACGUUUACAGGAAACAAACGUGUUUCAUAUAACAUGUAAAAGGUAGAAGAUAAAAAAUUAUUUUGAUUGGUUUCAUUAACAGUUAUCAUGCUGGACAUAAUUGAUUCUGCCUUUACAACCAGUGUAGAUCAUGUUCAGCUUACACAUCCAUGCAGUCUGGUCAAGAUCUUCACUGUUUGCCAUUUAGUCAGUAACUUUUUGGUAAACACCCCUUUUAUAACAGUUAAUGGUACUGUCCAAAUUGAAAGAUGGACAAGUUCAUUAUUAUGUCUCCCACCACACAGUGGUAUGGGAGACAUAUUGAUUUACUCUAGUCUGUGUGUCUGUCUUUCUGUCACAAAGCUUGUCCGCACUCUAAGUCGAACAUUUCUCAUCCGAUCUUCACCAAACUUCAACAAAAUGUGUCUGCCAAUAAGUGCUCGGCCAAGUUCGAUAACUAGCUAAAUCGGCCUAGGCACUUCGGAAUUAUGGCCCUUGAAUUACCAAAACCACUCAGAUUUCUUUCGUAGUUUUACCUCCAAACCGACCCCUAUACUACUAAUAGUAUAGUAGUAUAGGGGUCCUUUUGGUGUCAAGAAAGCGCAUGCACAUGUGGAUUCAGUAAACAGUAUAUGAAGACUGACUUAUUAUUUAGAUGAUUAGGCAGUUGUUGGAGACAUGCGCUUUUCUCAAAAGCAUCUCUAGUUAAAAUUUAGCAGGGUAGGGGUGAAAUGUUCAGGAAACAAUAUUGACUGAUGAUGUUAAUACCAUUUCCUUUCAAACUGAAAUGUGUGCUUUCAGGCUGUGAUACACAUUUUUGUGUCAGCCUGUUUAUUCUGUUAACAAUGCUGAAAUUAUGAAAAAAAAUUCUAGAUUUUCUUUUAGGAAAUGAUUAAUUAUUAGUGAUACUUGCAAUCAUUCAUGUGACAUGCCUAUUAAAUUGAAUGAAAUCAGUGCAUUGUUUACAUUCUGCCAUGUAACAUGCAUAGUAUAAAACGGUGUUUGGUUUAAAAAAAUAUUUAUUUCCAAAUAUGUGUUACAUACAAACAUAGAUUAAUGUCACAGGAUUGAGGGUGUUUUGAAGUAUUUGAGGGCAAAUUUCUGUGAACACAGGUUUUAUCCACUUGUAAAAGACUGCCAGGAAAUGAAAAGAAAAAGAACUGUUAAGAAAUGUUCCUCUUUCGUUGAGAAAUAGUCGUCACCUGUUAGCACCAACAAUAUCAGUUUCAUAAAACAUUAACAAAAUAUGAAGGAUUUGUCUAUGACAAAGUUACAUAAAAUCAAAUUGGUUAUAGCCAUUACAUCAUGCAUUUUCCUUGCUCAAUAGUUCGUGUUAAACCUGUAAUACUCUCUACCAAACAUUUCCAGUGUAGAUUUAUAUGUUUUUUAUGUUGUUUACUGUUUAUAGCUUUGUGCUGAUUUGUUAUGUGUGAUAUAGAUAUUUAGCUACUGCUUAACUGUGAUGAUAAAUAUGUUGAAAUGGCUGUUUCUGUUGUUGACCAAAAUCACAGAGAAAAAUUUUAAGCAAUAAUUUUCAAACAUAGAAAGCAAGAGUCAUUUUGAAGGUGAUACUGGAGUUUUGGUGUUUUAUAAAGUUGUAAAAAAGGUUUGACAUAAUCAGCUGAUAGUUUGAUUUUACAUUGUGUCAAAGUAAAGCUUCCCUGUCUAGUUACACCAGUUUCCUCUUUAGUAGGCAAGACACAGUCUUCUUCUCUGAAAGAUGCCUGUUGUAUACAGAUUUAGCUCAAAAAUGGAAAUUAGAUUUGUGGUUUUUUCAUGAUGUUUCUUAAGAAAUAACAAAAAAUAUGAAAUAUUCUGACUGCCCACUCGAGAAUCAGUGGUUUGAGCAAUUGUGUCCCAGACCUUUGUCCUUGAAAAUUCUUUAUCACUUGAAGCACUUGAUAGCUCAUGCAUUUUGCUCAUUUUAUAACUCGAGCAUUCAGUGUCUAACUAAAUUAUGUGUGUUAUUACUUGCUGUAUAACAAACUACAUUUUUUUCUCAUAUUAUACAGAGCUUGUGAAGAUUUAGUCAUGUUAAUUCAAGUCACAAAAUGAGCAACAACAGAUACUUGCAUAGGUGUAUGGAAAAGAUUGGUCUCACCAUCAUACUGUGAAAUUAAAUAUUUGUAGGGGAUUAAUUUUGAAGUUACAGCCAGUGAACAAUGAAAAUCCCAUUCAUAUAUCUAUCAGCAAUUUUAUGUCCCUUUGAAAUACUCAUUUUGACCGAAACUGUAAAAUUUUGUGCCAACAAAUUAAAAAGUUUCUCAGUAUGGUUAAAGCAAGCUAGACUAUCCCAUAGAUCAAGAAGAUUGUAUGUAAUACAUAAUCUGCUGUGUACUUGUGCAUUUUAUUGAAUUUGUGUCCAAUGAUCAAAAUAUCAUGUUAUGCGCUUUCAGUUUAGAGUUAAUAAAGAUUCAAAUGAA